UGCCUUGCCCGGGUGACUAACAAGUACCAAGGGAUAAUUUUCCGACUAUAAAUACCAAAAACCCUGUCUCUGCAGAGCCCUCUCUUCGCUCCCCAGUCUCGCGCCUCUUCAAGAUCCACAAAAACCCUAGGAAGCGCCAAACAACCAACAAAGGGAGGUGAGAGAAAAGAGCAAAGAAGCCAUUUAAAUUGAAAGACCAAAAAAAAAAAAAAUCAGGAAAAAAGAAAAGGCACUCUCUUCUCUCUCACCUCUCUUUUCUGCGAUCCAAAUCUAAAAUCUCAGGUAGCAAAUCGGCAAUGGCAUCUACAGAACAACAUGUCCCAGCUGGAAUUACAGCUCCUACUGCUGAUGUUGUUGGUAAUGCCUUUGUUCAUCAAUACUACCUUAUCUUACAUCAAUCGCCUGCGUUGGUUCAUCGAUUUUACCAUGAUAGCAGCAAACUUGGUCGCCCUGAAGAAAAUGGUGUCAUGAAUAUUACAACAACAAUGCAAGCCAUCAAUGAGAAGAUACUCUCACUUGGUUAUGGAGAAUUUACGGCAGAGAUAACAACUGUAGAUGCACAAGACUCUCACAACGGGGGAGUCCUUGUUCAUGUGACUGGGUAUUUAACUGGAAAGGACAAAGUGAAGCGGAAAUUUACUCAGAGUUUCUUCUUGGCACCACAAGACAAGGGCUAUUUUGUUUUAAAUGAUGUAUUUAGAUAUGUUGAUGAUGCCGAACAUCAAAGUGGGAGCCAGGAUCCAGUUGAUGAUAGUAAAGCUUCAUUUACUCCUGAGCAGGAUCCUUCUCCUGUGCCAGAGAAUCACAUUGUUGAGCAACCAGCUGCAUCACCAGAAGAAGCUAAUGGGCCAGAAGUGUACAAUCCUUCUGAGAAUGGAGAUGGUUCUAUUGAAGAAGAUGAAGCACCAGUGGCUGAAGUUGUUGAUGAGAUGCCUGAUGAUUCGCAGAUGGUUGCUGAUUAUAACUCCAAAAUUGAAGAAGUGCCAAAGAAAUCAUAUGCAUCUAUUGUGAAGGUUAUGAAGGAGAAUGCGGUUUCCUUAUCAGCACCUACACAUUCCCCUGUGAAGUCUGCAGUUAAGAGCCAUGAGCAACUAGGGACUGCUGCACCACCUACUGCUCCAGCUCCAGCAUCUGAUGCACAGAUUUCCAGCAACAUUGUUGCAGAAAAUGGGAAUAAUCAAGAUGCAGAAGCUGAGGGUCCAUCCAUCUAUGUCAAAGGUCUGCCCUUGAAUGCCACGCCUAGCAUGCUGGAGAAUGAGUUUAAGAAGUUUGGACCUAUUAAGAGCGGUGGUAUUCAAGUUCGAAGCCAGAAGGGAUUCUGUUUUGGUUUUGUUGAAUUUGAAGUGGCAAGUGCUGUGCAAGGUGCUAUAGAGGCUUCACCUAUUAGUAUUGAUGGACGUAAAGCAGUUGUUGAAGAAAAGCGGUCUACAUCUCGAGGGAACAAAGGACGGUCUUCUUCUGGUGCUGGGGCUGGAUACAGAAAUGAGGGAGGAAGAGGGCGUGGAAACUAUGGUAGCGGCAGGGGCUAUAACCGGGGUGAAUUUGGUAAUCGGGCGGAGUUUGGAAACAGGAGCAACAAUCGAGGGGGAUAUUCCAGCCGUGGAGGUGAUGGACAUCAGAGGGGUGAGCACAUGGGGAGUAAUGGUGGCCGUGUGAAUCGAGCUGGUGGGUUAACUGUGAAUGCAGCAGCCAAGAAUGUGGCACCAAGGGUAUCUGCCCCUGCUUGAAGAAGUGAAGGUGGAAGAUGUUUGGGGAGUGGGAGAAGGAUAACUUUCUGUUUGUAGUCGGUAGCAAUUUAUGAAAUUGUUGCAUAGCAUUUAGAGAAAAGCAAUGGAUGCUUUGCAGAGGAGCUUGUCUGAGAUUUGUUUAGGGUUUUCUCUUUGCCCUUUAGUGCAUUGUCUUUUUUUUUUUUUUAAUUUAUAUUUUUAUAAUACAUACUGAAAGGUUUUGGGUGGAUAGUAGAUUAUAUUGUUGUUCAGCAUACUACUUAUUAUGGUUAGGCUUCUGGGGCAUUCCAUUUUGGGUAAUCUGCUUUGAAUUCAUGGGUUUUGGGACAAAAGAGACGUUUGCAACAAAAAAUGAUAUAAAGAGGGAUUUGCAGUUUUUAUCAAAA